UCAGUUGUGCGCGCGUAUAUAUGUGCGUGAUGCUUCUCGAGCAUUGAUUUCGCAUAGAAUAAGAAAUAAGAAACAAUUCAGCUACGAAAUUGUGCGAAAGUUAUUGCGUAAAAAAUCGUCUUUUUUUGGUAAUUUUGGAGAAAGAAGGAAAUUCUACGAGAAAUAGUAAUCAAUCGCGAGAACAUUGUUUUUUUUUAUUACCAAAAAUAUCCUUUCCGUCUCCCACCCCACACAUCGUCCUCAACAUCGCGGUUGCGUACCUUCUCCGCCUUCUCCUCUCGCACCCUCCGUUACCGCGCACGCGAGGGAGAACGAGUGUGUUUUGUCUCUUUCCCCUCCUCGUGUAUCGAUCAUGGCAUGUUUGGAAUCGCUUGUGCGGUUUGUCGUCGAUAGUUGCCCCCCGUAGUUGUUACGAUAUCCAGGCUCCUGCAGUCGUUUGGGGUACGUAAAGAAAAUCGCAUACACAUCAAUUUACGCUAAUUAGAAGAAAAAAAAACAACCAGAGCGAAAGAAUAAGAAGAAAAAAUACGAGAAAUAGACAAAAUCGCGAAGAGAAAACAAGCAGCAUCAAUAAAACUGAAGGAGUGAGAGAAAGAACGAGAAGAACAGAUAUUGUGAAGAGAAGAAAAGAGAUAAAAAGAGAAAACAAAAACAAAAAAAUAACGAUAUUUUGUGUGCUGCAUCGGUAGUAGUAGCAAAAACGGCGGUGCCAAAGUGGGUGAAUCGACGAGCCACCGUGCGGGCAUCCCUAACGUCAUUUCGCACUGCGCACUCCUGACUCGGGGAAUCGUUCCCGCAAUAUACAUAUAUAUUAAUACAUACGAUAUAUAUAUAUAUAUAUAUAUAUCUACACGUAUACAGUAUAUAAAAUUCAAAAAAUUCUUAUAACGAAAAAAUUCUUCGUACGAAACUCUGCCGGGCGGGGAUCGACACACGGAAAUUUUUUUGAGUUUCCGUUUUUUUUUGUUCGCGCAAUUGCACAGCUACCGGGAGAACUGAAGAUAUCGAGUAUCGUCGAACAGUUAACUCGAUUAUACUAGUGAAAAUAUUGCCACAGAAACGAGAGGACCGUUUUGUUUUUUUGUUUUUUUUUUUUUGUGGCAUUGACUUUGUUGAAUCGAAACGCUUGAAAAAUGGCAUCGACGACCAUGACCGCUGGAACUACCAAUGUGCAGACUACAGUGAACGGCAAUGCGGGUACUGUUAGCAACUCGCAACAGUCUAGCGUCAACUGCAACGACGAACUUGACUCGGCAGAAACGAUAAACGAUUGGAACGUCUCUAACGCCAUCGCUAAUCAAACUGUCGGGACUGGCAACUCCGGAGAUGCUUUGGAAGAGAUGACCACCGGCAAUGGUGAAAACAACGAUAAAGAUUGCGCCAUCUGCUUGGGCAAACUGAGCUCCCCUCGUGUACUCUCUUGUCUUCACGUCUUUUGCGAAACUUGUAUCGACAAUCUACUCAUCGACGAGGCUGGCGACUCCAAAGUAGCCUCCAUACUUACUUGUAAAGUUUGCCGACAAAAUACUCAUGUCGGCCCCAAAGGCGCUGCUUCCCUCGCUUGCGACUAUGUCCUCACCAAUAUUCUGGACAUGUCUGCCAUUGAAAAUAUGGCUGUACUUUGCACCUCUUGCAAAGCCAAAGAAAACGCUGUUGCUCGUUGCUCAGACUGCGCCAAUUUUUUGUGCCCUAAUUGCAACACUGCUCAUCAAUUCAUGAGAUGCUUCGAAAGCCACAAGGUUGUCGCUUUUGAAGAUCUUAAACGUUCGGACCAGGCUAUACCCAUCCACAAACCUAUCUUUUGCGAAUAUCAUCCUGCUGAGAAUAUGAAGUUUUAUUGCUAUACUUGUCAGGAACCAAUAUGCAACGAGUGUUUGCACGUGGAGCACAAAGCACCGGAGCAUCAAUACGAAAGGCUCGCGGACGCGGAGCCACGUCAAAGAGAGGAGCUAGUCAAUUUAAUGUCAGAGAGCAAAGAACGCAUAGCGGAUUGCGAUCAGACAGCGUCACAGCUUGACAACGCUCUGAGCGAUUUACAAGCUCAGCACGAUCAGGCCAAAGACCUUAUAGUCGAGACUUUUCAGAGUUACAAAGCUAUUUUAGAAAAGUGUCGAGAUCAUGCACUCGACGAAUUAGAGAAAUUACAUUCCGAGCGUGAACUCGAAGUUAUGGACACUUUCCACAAUGUUGAGAAGACCAUCGAAAAGAUCGAGGACGCGUGCCGUUUUACUGCGAGACUACUGGAACAUGGCGAUGCUACGGAAAUCUUGGCACUCCGACGGAUCGUUGGUAUUCAACUCCUGAAUCUCAUAAACAAUACACCCAAGGCUAAUGUCAGAUACUCAAUUGAGUUUCAAACGGAUUACGAACACUUCGAGUCAACGGUGAAGGAUUCAUUCGGUAAAUUUCGAACGGAAAGUACCGUGUCGAGGAAACAAACGCCCGAGAUAACAACGUUGCCGGUGACAAGCUCACAACCGAUCGUUCACACAAGCGCGAUAGGUGGUGGAUGCCCAAGUUCAAUAAGCACCAAUUCUCCGAUAUCCCUUCCCGCAUCAAUGCAGUCCUCGUUCGAAGGUGAACCCUCAUACGUAAUACCGCCAACCUCCAGUCCCCAGAACGUUCCACCUCCACCUCCCUCUGUAUCACUUCCGCCAGGUCCAAUCCACGGUUUCACGAGUAUACAGGAGUACAAUCUUCAGCAAUUGGCGAGUUUAGCUGAAAAAGUUGAAAUGGGUGACGCUAGUGUCGUUGGCCCGAGCGCCAAUCCAAGCCCUACUCCGUCCUUCACACUGGCCGAUUUACUAGCCGGUGAUCUAAGCUCGACCAGUCAUGCGAUCAAUAAUUUGCAGGCACUCGCCAAACUGGGCAAUUCUCUUGGUAAUCAAGAUCUGAGCAAUCCGACGUUGAACGGUGAUGGAGGUCUCGUAUUGGCACGCGGUCCAUCACCAGGUAUAGUUGACAAUACAAACCUUGGUUCCCUCACCGCGAACAGUCUGCUCAACGGUGGCUAUCAGUCUCUAUCGACACCAACAUCGCCAAUAUUAUCGGGUGGCGGUGACGAGCUCAAAAGUGAUUCGAUGCACAAUAUAAGCGGCGUCGGCAAUAAUGUCGCGAACGUUUCCGGUAACGGAACAGGCAAUUACAAUCACCCACGCUCAACGAAUCCAAAAUUAACGCCGAUGCAAAUACGGUCGAAAUUCGGUCAACUCGGACCGAGCAAAGGUCAUUUCAGCUCGCCGCAUGGUUUUUGUCUUGGCACUGACGAGGACAUCAUCGUUGCUGACACCUAUAAUCACAGGAUUCAGAUCUUCGAUAAAACGGGUACGUUCAAAUUCCAAUUUGGAAUACCCGGAAAGGAGGAAGGUCAGAUGUGGUAUCCACGCAAAGUUGCGGUAAUGCGUAACUGCGGGAAAUUCGUAGUUUGCGAUCGUGGCAGCGAACGCUCGAGGAUGCAGAUUUUCACGAAGAACGGACACUUUAUCAAGAAAAUUGCUAUCAGAUACAUCGACAUUGUUGCCGGUCUCGCUGUCACGAGUCAAGGACACAUCGUAGCUGUCGACAGCGUCUCACCGACGGUUUUCGUCAUCAGUGACACUGGAAAUCUUCUCAGCUGGUUUGACUGUAGCGACUACAUGCGGGAACCAAGCGAUAUUGCUAUAAGCGAUAAGGAAUUUUUCGUGUGUGACUUCAAAGGACAUUGCGUGGUUGUGUUCAACGAGGAAGGUCAAUUUCUGCGUCGCAUAGGCUGUGAGAAUAUAACUAACUUUCCCAAUGGGAUUGACAUUAGCGACGCAGGAGAUGUAUUGAUCGGUGAUUCCCACGGUAACCGCUUCCACGUAGCCGUGUUUUCGAGGGACGGAUCUCUCAUAUCCGAAUUCGAGUGCCCUUACGUAAAGGUAUCUCGAUGCUGUGGCCUGAAAAUAACUUCCGAGGGUUACAUAGUAACCCUGGCCAAAAACAAUCAUCACGUCCUCGUGCUGAACACCCUCUACAUAUUAUGAGGUGAGAGAAGACCAAAAUGUUAAAAAAACGUCGCAAACUUCCUCGCGGUAAAUCCUUUUGGAACCGUGCCGCUUUCAACGAAAGGUAAAUACAAUUAGAACGAAGAGACAAAAAAACAGCAAGAAGCAAUAACAGCAAUUACCACAGCAAAAAAAAACACGAAAAGGCUCUUGAGUCGAAGGCGUCUGCGAGCGAGAUUUGAUUUUUGCGCCUAUCGAAGCAUUAGAGAAAAACAAAAGAUCGCGAAGCAAAUACAAAAUGAGAAACUAACAAAACAGAGAACACAAGCGAGUUAAAGUGCAGCAUGCGGCUUUGAUAGUUAUACAAUUUUACGCGUCCCUCUUUUAUGAAAGUAACCAGAGCAAACAAAAAAUUGGGAAAAAAAGAUGGAAAUUACGACGAGGAUUUUAAGCGAAUUCGGGAUCAGGCGAUGAUUCGAAAGGGCAGGGGCGAUAUUAAAGGUGGUAAACGUACAUCUCCGACCAAACACAGUAUAAUAGUUAUUUAGCGAUUUGCAUUUGGUAAACUGCCAGGAGGGUUUUUAUCUGGAUGAAAGAAAGAGUGGAAACUCAUCAAAAGUAUGCAAUGAGAGACAAAAGAUUGAAGGCCGGGGGAGGGAUGGGGAAGAUUUUAAUAGCAAGGGAUUAUUAAGCGGUAGGCGUCGUGUGAAGAGUUAUCUGAUUGACUUCGCGCUUUUAGGCAGUAAAAGAGGAGCAAUUUUACAAAAAGUAAAAGAAAAAAAAACGAAAAAUAUUACAAAAAAAAAUACAAAAAAAUGGCCUUCCGUCAAAAUUGGUCGUUGCACAUCACUUUUGACAUGUCAGUAUUUUAAGUACGGUUCGUAAAUCAAAUUAAUUCUAGUCUUGUACGAGUGACCACCAUCUUUCGAGCCCACAUCCUAUUUAUUCUUCUUCACCUUUCCGUAUUCCCGGCGUCAUAAAUUCGCUGCUUGUAUUUUUUAAUUGUGCUCAAAAUUGCAGAAGCGCGCACGGAUCUUAACUCUCCCAGUCCCAAAAAUCUUAGCGUAAAUAGGACGAUGAUAAUAAUGAUAAUAAUUUAUGGAAUAAGAUGAGAUUUGAGAUAGGGAUUUCAGCGAGAGGGAGCGUUGUUGAUGACGUUUGUUCCGUUUUUGCAAGAAUAUGGGGGGGGGGGGGGAGAAGUCGUGCCGUUAUUUAUUUGCUGUUGAUUUUUCGAAGCAGCUACUCGAGCACUAGAUUUUGCUGUUCUAUUCUCUCGCUCUUGUUCCAGCUUCUCGUUUAUGUUUCCGUUUUAUUAUAUUCUUUCGAAGUAACCGCACCGGCGAAUCCUUUUGCGCGACAUUGAAACCGCUGUGCGGAUGUUUUUCCGAUCCAGAUCUCCAUCGAACGUCCAAACGCUUUCUUUUUCUUAUACAACUUUGACAAUUUAGCUCUUCGGGCAUAAAAAAGCUGAUUCGUUUACAUUUUACCAAGAACAUUCUUCGAGGCAUCCACCGGUGAUAAAUUGAUUUUCUUAUACUUCCUAGCUAGAAAUUACCGUUUAUUCCUUGUACUUUUAUCCGCUCAUGAAAUUGUAUUUUUUAUUUAUCUUCAAUAAGGAUCUUCAGUCAUUAAGCUCGCGACGUUUUUCUCGUGGCCUCUACUCGCUAUUUAUUCUUCGUACAAAUCGAUUAGUUUCGAGCUUCGAUACAAUUAGCUUCGGUUCCUCAAUCUCUUUUUAUUUAACCUCCCUCUUCCUCAUUAAACUCUCCAUUUUGUUGGGUGAGUUGAAAGCAAAGAAAAAUUAAGGGUAGAGAAUAAUUGAGGGAGAAAAUGACAAACCGUUGACAUUUUGAGACGAAUUAAGGUUAAGAGGAUAUACCCGUUGCGAAAAGGGGGCAGAGAGUCGAGAGGGGAAGAAAAAUGAUAAUAAGCACCUACUGACUCAAACUUGCGCAUUGUUACGGCGUGAAUUAGACCAGACACAAUAUUUACAAUAUUUACUCAGGAUGCUUCGAUAUGGUUUACUAUAUGGAAUGUACAUAUUUGGGUUUGUGGAUCGUCGGUUCGUGGUGCUAGCGAGUAUAUCCGGUAUUUGGUAAAUGUAUUUGUUACAUUAAAAAAUCGAGGGAGGGGGCGAGGGCCAACGAAAGGAUUUUUGAUGAAACACGGUGGAGGGAGGCAUGAACGUAGAGCGGUGAGAAUGGUUGCGGCGGGGGGGGGGGGGGGGGGGGUAAUAAAAAGUCCGUCGUUGCUUCGAACUUUUACAAUGGCGCGAAGCAAACGAAAUAAAUAAGUUUAAUGCAUAAUGUGAAUAUUAUAUAUACACACACGCAUAUAUACACAUAAAUAUAUAAUUAUAUAUAUAUUGGUAUCCUAGAGACGAGACAUUAUCUAAGUGACAAAAAAAAAUCACAAAAACAAAAAACAACAAAAAAAUAACGUACAGUUUGCUAAACAUCUUCUAUUUAUGUACAUAAUACCGAACACGAGAUGUGCGCGAAUGAGCGAGGGGGAGCCGUUUGGCACAACAAUGAAAAGACACAACCGAAGCUUGCAAAAUUUCAUAUGCGUGGAUGGAAACAAAUCAACACAUACAUAUAUAGAAACACACAUAUUUUUUAGGGUUGUUUACAUGAUCAGCCUUAAGAUUUGAUUCAAAGUAAAAAAAAAAAAAAAAAGGAAACGAAUAGAACGGAAUGAAAAAUAAAAACAAGGAUAUUCUACGAGCAAGGGAUGCAACGUUGCAUCGGAUAUUUGGCGAUUCGCUAAAACAAUACGGUACCAUCGAUAAAAUAUUGACGAAAAGAAAUCACGAUAACACGAAAACGAAGAAGGAGGAGCGAGUAAAUGAUAAUUUUACUACUAUUACAAUAAUUAUUUUCGUUACCGAUGAUUUUCUUGUCAAAUGCUAAAGUAGCGACGCGCGCCGUUUCGUUUAUUCACUCAUCAUUGAAGAGGCUUGAAAUGGAUCGGCACUUUGAUUUUUUUGCAUAACCGAAUGAUUUCGAUUGAACUAAAAGAAGUGAGUGGCGAAAAAUGUUGAAUCGAUCGACCUAAUUUAGAUCGAUUGAUACUCCGAGUAUAUGUACACACACUUAUACAUAUGUAUCUGUAAAAAUUGUAAGCAAAAUCGAUAUAAGGGUAAGUAGGGUAGAGACGAAAGCGUUGAUAUGCGAAAAGAGGGGGGAGGGGAAAUAUGGAGAGAGGCAAAAUUGAUUGAUAUCUCGAGACAGAUAUGAGCCCACAAUUUCAACGGGGAGAGCUCGUGGUACUGAAAAUAUCGGAAAGAUAAAAAAAGCCUACGUACCAGCUAAGAUGAAAGAGAUAAAAAAAACAUUUACUUCGUACACAAUAUUUCAUUCGGUAUGAUUAGACGUUUUAAUUUUAUAUACACCGGCGCGAGAUGCGAAAUUAAAUACGAAUAAAAUAACCGAAUACGAAGGAGAAAAAAAUGCAAAAAAAAAAAGAAAAUUAUAACAAAUAUUUAAUAGUCAUGGUUAGCAGAGUUAUUAUGAAUAAUGCCUGUGAUAAUAGUAUCGUCAGGAUAAGUUGUGUCCUUAAAGAGUCUCUGAUGUUGUUGCUAGGUAAAUAUAAAUUAGAGAGUAUUGAGAAAUUGCUGGUGUUGCCUCGCUAUAGAAAAAUUGAAACAAAUUGGGGAAAAAAUACGAAAAAAUGUAAAAAAAAAAAAAAAAAAAAGUAAGAAGAGAAUCUAAAGCGUGUUCAGUCAGAUUUGCACAACAAUGACACCGAAACACGAAUCAGCUUCCCUCUCGCGCUACCCUCGCCCCCCCCCCCCCCCCCUGCCCGUCGAUGGUCUCUAACGGCAUGCUAAAUUAAAAAAAAAAAAAUUAAUGAUUCUUAUAAAAACUGCGACAUCAAAGGAAAAAGACAGAUUUUUCGAUCAAUAAUAAAAAAUGAAUAUUUGGAUGUCGUCGUCCCAGUCGUGUGUCGGAGAUAAAACUCGUAGCGUAAUUAAACCAGAAAUGAGAAGAAAAGAAAAAGAAAAGAAAAAGUAAUGAAUUAAAUACGAAUGGAUGACCAUUUAACGAAAGAGGAUCUUUUACCUCACAAAAUUUAUUAUAUUACGCUCACCUUACAUAUACUUGAAUAUUUUAGUAUAGAUUUACUCUAUUUACAUAUUUUUAUCUGUGGAAGACUACUUGGCUAAUUUAGGCCACUGUUGAAAUUCACCCCUUAUUUGCCUUGAUGUUUAAAUUACAACAAUAACAUUUGAAAACGUAUUGGAGAAUAAAAAAGAAGAGGAAAGGAAUGGAUUAAUAAAGAGAAGAAAAAAAAACAUUAACAAGGAAUGAGGGGAAAAGAGGAAGAAGGAAAAGAUUACUUGUUACGUAAAUGGUAAUUGUGAUAGAUUUUUUGAUGAUUUUUACAAUCUCAAAAGUCUCAUUAUCCUAAUAUGUAUAGACAAAACAAAAACUAUAUAGUCACUCUCUAACGUAAUAGACAAAAAGAAAAUGAGGAAGGAAAGAAAAAUAACGAAACACUCUGCUGCUAACACAGCUGAAACUAAUAUUAUCGAGGAUGAAAAAUAUUCCAUCGCGCGAGAUAUAGAAACAAAGUAGUCCCGAAUUUUCUAUAUCCAAACGUGCAAGUGAGAUCGAGCAAGCAAAUAAAACCAAAAAAAAAACAAACAGCAAACCAGUCGGAGAAUAUAUUAAAUUCAUCGAUGUGUGUUAUUCAAUAUCAUUAAUCCGAGCUUAGAACAGGAUCAAACGAUUGCUUAUUGUUCUCUAGAAGUUAUUUUAAAAAUUGAACUUGCCAUUAUUUCAUGACUUCCAUUGUCUUUUCGACAACCGUACGUUUAUCGAAUAUUAAAAAACAGCAAGAACACAACAACAAAAUCGAUUAUACACGAUAACCGUUAGCGAGUAUCGUACGAAUAAUUAUUGAGGAAAGAAAAAUAUGGAGAUUCUCGUGUUACGGACGACACCGUUUCAAGCGAUUUAGUCGCACUCGCGCUUUCCGGAAUAUUUAUCGGGUUUGCACGUGUGCGCAAGAGAAACUUUUUCUUUGAGAUGAGAUAGAAAAAAGGAAUAGCCUACUCUCGAUAUUCCAGUGAUUCCAUUUUUUCCAAAACUUCUAUCGCGAUUGAUUGUCCAGCCAAAUGUCCCAAUACGAUUUUUCACGAAAGGACAGCAAUGAAACGAAGAAACGAUGUCGCUCAGCAAAUGUGUCCUUUCGAGUUUUUUUUUCCUCCCAAUUUGAGGACUUUGUCUCGGCUCUGGACAUUAAAUUUCAUGUGAACGACAAAACCCAAAGGAACGUUUAAUUCGUACAAAGAGAAAGGCUAUCCAUCGCAGAGCACCGAUAACGAAGAUGUUGAAUUUCUCUCGAUUUGCCAAUACUAAUAAACUGCGUUCGAGCGCCUCCAGCGAUCAACGUAUGGGAGAGCCAGAUUUGAGAAAAAUGCACGCAAACUCGAAAACAUCAAUACGAAAAAACGACAAGUAUAUUUAUAUUGGUAGAACUAAUUACGAGAUACGAGAAAUUCUUCAAAAACAAAGAUAAAAAUGAGGAUUCGUAGCCUACGGUUAAUCAUAGUCUUCCUAGAAUCUUUAAAGUUAUGACAAAAUUGCAAAAAAAAAACGAGCAUUAACAUCGCUAUGAGAAUUAGGCGUAUGGCCAAUUUUAAAGCCAAGUCAGGCUGAAUUACAGUUGGGAGAGAAUCGACGAUUUGAAAAAAGGCAUGAAACAACCAAAUCAUACUGAGCGUAUCUUCAUUCCUAUGCUGUGUUUAUCAAUAAUAUAACUCGCUCUACUCGAUAACAGCCUUUUUAUCAGACACCGGCUUAUUCAAUUGAGAGUCAAACGAAAAGAAAAAAAAACUGACACAAACCAGGAAUUAUGAGAGAUACAUUUAUUCCUCAAAUGUUACGUGAAAAGAUAGGAGACGAAAAGAUAGCAAAAACCCCGAACUGAAUGGACAUUUUGUCGCGUUCUUUGAAACGGACACACAUCCACACAUUCUCCAUUAUUUUUAUAACGAUAUUUUAAACCUUAACCAUUCAUGCAUUGUUUUCCAUGAAAUUAUUAUCAAUAUUCAUUUAUUUCUCUCAUUGUUUUUCAUUUUUAAUCAAUCUGCAAUCAUUAUGUGUUCUUAUCGGCUGUUCAAAACGUCGUUUCGGCGUGUUAUAGUUAGUGUAUACUUAUUCGAAUAAGCGUCGAGGGCUUUCCCUCCUCCCCCUCCUCCCUCCCCCCGCCCCGCCCCCUUUAUGGAGACGAAAUAAUAUUAAUAUUGUUCGUCAAGCACGCUUUUCGCGUUACUGGACAAAUGUUUAUCCGUUUACUUUCCAUUCGUUUCGCCAUAUUAGAUUUUUAUUUGUUCGAGCGAUACGAUACCAUUUUUUUCUUGAAUAUUUUAUUGUCAAAUUCAUUAUUGAUGGUUGAUAAUUUUAACUCAUUGCUCUUAUUACUAUUUCGUUGCGUAUUAUUUUUAUUUUUAUUAUUAUUUUGCGUUAAAGGUUAUUAUGCGAAUUCAGUAUAAUAUUGAAUAGUAAAAAAAAUAAGUACUUCGUAAUACUCGAUAGUCCGAGGCUCGGACGCCAACGACAAAGCGUACACGCGAAUUUUAAACCCGUCGACGUUCCUCGUCUUUCGUUUCACCCUUUUUUUUAGAAUUAAAAUAAAAGUAAAAAAAAAAAAGUAAAAAAAAAACAAAAACAAUUGAUUCACCGGUAGUGCUUAAGCGUAGUAGGCGAAAAAUUAUACAUCAAUAUAUAUUAUAUAUAUAAUAUACAUAUUUUCGUGGUUAAGUGCAUUCCACAAUAUGAAAUAUUCUGAGGGCAACUAACUGCGAAAUAUUGAUAUUUCGUCGACUAAACAAAUUUUACAACAUGGACAGUGGGGGCGUAGAUAAUACAAAAUAAAAGUUCCAUAUUCCUUUUCGUUUGUUCGUUUGUUACCUUGUUUUAUUUCGCAUUUUUGAUUGUUGUUUUUCAUUUUUUUUUUUUUUUUUCUUUUUCGUUAUCAUGAAUUCGUUAUUCAUGGAUCCGACUGGUUCGUUUGUGCAUGUGUAGUAAAGCACACAAAAAAAUCGUCCCGUUCUCAAGUCCUUGAAUUCUUGUUCUGUUUCGCUUGUAUUAUUAUUUUUUUAUUUUUGUUUUUUGUUUCUCUUCACGUAUUUUAUUUUUCGGUUUCUCGAUUGGUCAGUGCUGUCCCAGCUAUCACCGAUGAUUUCUUACGCUUUACUUUUUACAUGAAAUAUAUAUAUAUAUAUAUAUGUAUGUAUACAAGAAUUUAAUUCUUUAGUGCCAAACGAAAAAUAUUUAUAAAACGAGGUGAAAAGAGCUGCGUCGUGUGAGGGAAAAUGCAAAAAAAAAAAGAGGUGAAGUUAUUGAACCAAAGAAACGUGGAUGGCUUACAAUUUUUUUUUCUCUUUUUUCUCUUUUUUUCUUCAAACCAUUCAGAGUUUUUAGUUUCGUGCCAUGUCAAGUAUCGAGAAGGUUUUAUAGUUCGUAAGUGGUAUGGUAAAGCGAAGAUAAAAAAAAAGGGGGGACUAAAAAUCCAACAAAAAAAAUCACAAAAAUUCGAGAAGAAUGAGAAAACGAACUUAAAAAUAUGAAAAAAAAAAAAAAAAAAAAGAGUGAAAUGAAAUCAACGUUUUACCAUUUGAUCCUUGAUUAGUCAGUUAAAGUACAAAUAUUUCAUGUAUUCUAUCGUUAGGUGAUUAAGUAUAAUUGAUGAGAGUCGUCGCGCAUCAGGCGUAUAGUUAAGAGACCUUUACACAAUCACACAUACGGAAACACAGAAGCGAACGCGAACUCGCUGAAAAGGUAAUAAGAGUGAGAACUGAAUGAGAAACGAGAUUGAAAAAAAAAAACAAAAAGCAAAAAAAUUAUAAAAACACAAGAGAAAAGAGUUACUUUGUUCCAUUCCUCAAGAGCACUUAGCUUUAUUCAUUUCGCAUUAGUUACUUGAUACAUAAAUAUCUAUAUAUGAAUAUAUAUAAUGAAUUAUAUAUAUAUCCAUAUAUACGUAUAACUUAAGAGGCUGAAACACGAGUGAACGAUCGAUGAGUCAUUACGAUCGUCGUUCUCCAAUAUUCGCCCUUUAAUUAUUUAUUUUUACAACAAACAGAAAAGAGUUUGAAGAUACAUGGGAAGAGAGAGAGAGAGAGAGAGAGAGAGAGAGAGACGAAGAAACAAACGAUUAAUAAAAUAAACCGCAGAAGAAAACAAAAUGAAACGUUCCUUUCGGAGGUACUUUGUUUACAUAUCAAAUUGACCACCAAAAAAAAUGAAUGAAAAAGAGAGAGAGAAAAAACACAUAAUUUAAUAUGAUAAUAUUAACAAUAAUAAUAAUAUUAAUAUAUACAGUCGCAUUCCAUUGAUGUGCUUGUACGUCAGGGUCAGCUAACGAAUACCUUUUACGAAUUUUCGUGAUCUCCAUAAUCAUAUAUCGAUCUUUAAUCCCGUUGAACAUUUUAAGCGAGUACACCGAAUAUAUAUAUAUUGAAAAAAAAACAACAAAAAAAAAAUGAAAAAGAAAAACGAAAUCUCACAAAAGAAAACUACGACGACAAGUCCCUCUAUACGCCUGUAAAAUUUAUUAUUAUACACAUUACACAACUAUUCAAGUAACUACGAUUAUUAUCGAAAAGUUUGAGAAUAAAAAAAAAUUUUAAAAACGAAAAAAAAAAACAACAACAAAGAUAUGCGUCGAGUUAACGUUGUGAAAAAUUAAGAAAGAAAUCUCCGUCAUAUUGGGGCCGUACUCCGUUAUUUAGUAGGCCACGGAAACCAAAAAAAAGAAAAAUAAUAUUUAUAGCUGCCGUUUUAUUCCAUCGAAGAAAAAAACAAAUUAAUGAAUAAUAAAUGAAUUAAAGAAUAAAAAUAAAUAAAAAACAAAAAAAAACAAAAAAAACAAAUCGUUACGAUCGUGGACUAUUUUACGCUCACAGACAUUGUUGAAAAAAAUAAAAUCGAAUAGAUGAUACGGGCAAUUUAGAGAAAAAUUGAAGAGCGCCGAUCGCUAUUGAGGACUCCGAGAGAUUGAAAGGGAAAAUAAAAAGGUGACGAUACAAUUGUGAAGGAGAACUUUUUGCGGUAGAGAAUAUGAGGGAAAAGUACGAUUUUUCGUCAAUUUCAAUUUCAAAUAUAAUAAUCGCCCUGUACAUUGUAUCGUCGCGCUGUGUUACUUGAUGAAAGUGACGAAAGAAUAAUUUCGAUCGAAAAUUUCGGAAACGGUUAUCCUCGAUCGGUAUUAACUCAAUAGAUAGAAUGAUUAAAAAAAAAAAAAAAAGAGAGAGAGAGAGAGAAAGAAAAAGAAAAGAUUGUAAAAUGAAACGAUAGGAAAAAUGGAUGAGAGGAAGGAAGGAUUUUUUGAAAAAUGUUCCGGCGGGGCUCACUUAUAUUUGAAAAAGAAAAAAAAUUAAACAAAAAAUGAGAAUAAUAAUUAAGCAUUAACAAAUGAAUGUGAAACUGUAUGAGGAUAGUACAACACGACGAAGCAGAGAAUUUAAAGAAGAUGAAGAAGAAGUGAAAGAGAGCAGAAACGUGGUAAAUUGUAAUGCAAUAUGGAGAAACGCGUAUACCAAUAUAUUUUUUAUAUGCUAAUGGGACGCCAAGGGUGCAUCGUUCGUUUUACGAUAUGUGACCAUAUUCUUUAGACUACUUACACAUACGUAAUACAGUGUGCCCAAUUUCGAAUUGGCUUUCUACGAACAUCGGCUCCCUAACGAACUACUACAGCCUUUGCACUAAAGACCUGUUGCUAUACGAACUCGGUUCACUAAACAAAAACGAAAAAUACGAAAAAACAGAAAAACAAAAAAAACAAAGCGAUACAAGAUGAAAUAAGUAUUUUGGGGAGCACUCGUCGGCUACUAAUAUACAAUAUCUUAGUUCACCAGUCUCGAUUCCUUUGAUCCUCGAACUUAUAUUGAUUUUAUUAUAAUCCAUUGAAAACGUUGUCCCUUUUGAUUUAUUCAAUUUUUUAAUUUCAUUAUAUGUGACACGUAUUUCAUAUAUUAUAUUCGUGUGUAUUGUAUACAAGUACGUUUUGCGUAGUCUCAUGAUUGUUUUUCGUGUUCUUUUUCUUCUUCUUUUUCAAUUCUUCCAAAGCUCGUCAAGGCUAGUCCAUAAAAUAUUUGUUUAGUUACAAAAACAAACAAGGGUCUCGUGUUUAUUUUAUUUUUUCUUCUCUCUUCGUUCGACGUGAGAAGCAUUAUCUUGUUUUUCUACCUUGUACCUACAAAAUUUUAGUUUCGUUUUUAUAUGAAAUAUUUAAAUUUAUUGUAUUAUACGUAUACACAUCUAUAUACACUUUUACAACAACAACAAAAAAAAAAGAUAUUUUAAUCUACAAUACCGUAUUACAUAACUAAAGAUAUGCAACAUUUGCUACUUAUAUAUUUGUCAAACGUGUCGAAUUGAAAAUAUUUUAUUAUAGGGUGGAUAUGAAACGAGAAAAAAAACAAAACGAAGAAGGAACAAGAAAAAAGACAUUAAUGAAGAAGAAAUUUAGCCUUAAAAAAAAACAUGAAUGUUCUCUGUUGGCCGUACAUUUUUUCACCAUAUCAACUCAAUUUGCCAUCAUCUCAUCAAUUCGUAUGACCUCUCCUUUCCCGCCCCCCCCCCCCCCCCCCCUUCCCGACCCUCUCCUAUAUUAAGAUAUUCUCAAAAACGAUAUCACUGUUGCAGUUCUCUGAUACAUGUAGAAAAGAAAAAAAAACGAGGAAAAAAUAUGAAAACGUACGAUCUUACGUGUGCAUAGGCUGCAAAAUGCAAUAAUAAUAAAUAUAUAUAUGUAUAAUAUAUAUAUUGUGAUGCUCACAAAGCACAUAACACGAUUUACCAAAAUUGUAUAAUGUUUAAACAUUUCAUGUGAUUUUGGAAAGUGUUAUAUUUUUUAUUUCCUGCCAAUUGUUUAAUUUGUAACGUUGUUCUUUUUUCAAUAAAGUAAGCAAACUAA